AGACACUUCAACUAGUAAUCUUUAGAGAGAGAAAGAGAGGGUUUUUGCAGAGAGAGUGAGAUAGAGAGUUCGAAAACGAAAUAUCCAAAAAUAAUUGAAAAACAAAAACAAAAAUUCUAUCAUUGUUAAAGGUGGAUCGGAGUCUCAGGCAGUCGUCGGAAAGCAGAUCCGGUUAGUUAAGAUGGAAGGAGUUGGGGCCCGACUGGGGCGGUCCUCGACCCGUUACGGACCGGCAACGGUUUUCACCGGACCGGUCAGAAAAUGGAAGAAGAAAUGGGUUCACGUUCCACCUUCUUCUAAUGCUUCCUCCAAUUCCAACAACAACACCAAUCACAAUAACGCUUCCAAUAAUAACGGUUCUCAUCUUCUUCUUUAUAAGUGGACUCCUAUUACUCAAAGCCAGAACAACGCUACCAGUAACGGUAAUGUUAAGGGCGCGCCAACUGAGCCAGUUGAAGAGCCUCCCCGGAGGAAAUUUAAAUAUAUUCCGGUUGCUGUACUAGAGGAACAGAAAAAUGAGGCUACAGAAGUUGAUGAGGUUGCUGAAAAGGUUGAAGACGAACCUAAUCCAGUAGAGGCCGAUUCAAGUGCAGCAGAACCAACUAGCAAGAAUGAGACUUUGGAUGAAAAACCUGAUAUAAAUGAUGUCCCAAUGGAAGAAAGCGAGCCUCAGGACAAAAAUCAAGUAGUACGCCAAGAUCUCAAUGAAAGUUUGGAUUUGAGUCUGGGUUUGACAUCACAUGAUGAGGACCAUGACUCUGAUUCAAAAACUAAUCAAACGACAGAUGGCCAGUGACGCAAGGUGAACUCAAGUGGUACUGAGAUAUGAACAGGGUGGCCUCGUGAUUCUUAGUGAUUCGGUCUUUAUCCUGAUGGAAGUGAAUUUUCACCCUGGCUAGAUGUUCACUCCCUGGCUGGUUUAGGUUGGAUUGUUGUAGUGGCAUAUCCCCAUUGUAUGUUUUUAUUAUUAUUCAGUGUCCUUGCUGGUCUAAUCUGAAUAUGUAUUGCAAGAACAUAUGGUAUACAUUUUCCCAAUCAUUGGGCAGAAUAUUGUUCCAGAUACUCAUUUAGACAGAAUAUUCUGGACUCCGAAGCUACAGUCAUGUUUAGCUGAAAUAGAUUAUUUUUGAUGAUUA